AUGGCCUGCUGUACUACUAGCUUCUGCGGCUUUCCCUCUUGCUCCACUGGUGCUACCUGCGGCUCCAGCUGCUUCCAACCAAGCUGCUGCGAAGGUGGCUAUGGCUAUGGCAUCGGAGGUGGCUAUGGCUAUGGCAUCGGAGGUGGCUAUGGCUAUGGCAUCGGGGGUGGCAUUGGCUACGGCCAGGAGGGUGGCUAUGGAGGUGUGAGCUACCGCGUUAGAUGGUGCCGCCCAGACUGCCGCGUGGAGGGCACCUUCCUGCCCCCCUGUUGCGUGGUGAGCUCUAUUCCCCCAACCUGCUGCCAGCUGCACCAUGCCCAGGCCUCCUGCUGCCGCCCAUCCUACUGUGGACAGUCCUGCUGCCGCCCAGCCUGCUGCUGCUACUGCUGCUAA